CGAAAAUGGUACAAAAACGGCGUGAGUAAAGGUGCGUGGACUCAACAAGAAGACGACAAGUUGAGAGCUUAUGUUGAGCAGUACGGCCAUUCCAACUGGCGACUGCUUCCCAAAUUUGCUGAUCUAGAUUGCGAUGGAUGAAUUACUUGAAACCUGGCCUCACACGAGGAGGUUUUACCCAACAAGAAAGAGACCUUAUUAUAAAACUUCAUCAGCAAUAUGGAAACAAGUGGUCUGUCAUAGCAGCAAAGCUACCUGGGAGAACAGACAACGGAGUAAAGAACUAUUGGCACGCGUAUCUCAAGAAUCGGGCUAUAACUGAAUCAGGUAAAGAGGCCGAGAUUCGAGAUGGAAGUUCAAGUGUGAUUAAGUCAAAAUUAAGGCACAUCAAACCUAGAGUGUCGUCAUCUUCUAAAGUGUUCAUUUUGGAAUCAUCAGAUCCCAACUUGACAGCAAUUCCGACUGUGAUGGAGUUGGGAUCUGAUUCAUCCGUGAAGCAAAGUUGCUCCAAUAUGUCAUCCGUAACCUCGAUUGAUGCUGAUAAUUUCUCGGAUUUGGUAGUCUCUGGAUUUCAUGAUGAUUUUUGGACUCAACCAUUCAUCGUUGAGUCGGAUUGUAAUGUUAGGGUUUGUGAUGAAGGAGUUACUUUUCCUCCUCUAGUUGGUCCGUGGAUGAAUGAUUUAUUGUAGCACGAUAUGUGCACAAGAAAAUUGAGUUUUUAUUUGACGUUGUAGAACGAUAUGUGUACGCUAUAGUUGUUUCAAUUUUCAAAUAAUUUUUGUUUGUAAUAAUUUUGGAAUAUACCAUGCUUGUA